CUGAGCUGCCGGAAAGGAGGGCAGAGGGACGAGCAGCCCGCCCGGGGACCCGGGCAGCGCUGGAGCUUCGCUUCCCCAGCCAUGGGCAGGCACACGUGGUUCCCUUUGCAGUACAUCUCCAAGCCCUUCUGGAGAGCGGAGAAUCACAACGUGACCAACUUCUUCUCUGCACUGUAUGGCUUCCCUAACCAAUCCUUCUUCCACAGUGAUUUGGACCUGGAGGACCUGGGGGACUUUGACAGCAGGACCAAGUAUGAGGGCGAGUCCCAGAGCCGGACGGUGAAGGCGCUGCUGAUAGUAGCCUACUCGGUGAUCAUCUGCAUCUCGCUCUUUGGCAACAUCCUGGUGUGCCACGUGGUGAUCAAGAACAAGAGGAUGCACUCCGCCACCAGCCUCUUCAUCAUCAACCUGGCCGUUGCCGAUGUGAUGAUCACCAUUUUGAACACCCCCUUCACGCUGGUGCGAUUUGUAAGCAGUACCUGGGUUUUUGGAAAGCUGAUGUGUCACAUAAGCCGGUUUGUUCAGUACUGCUCUGUUCAUGUCUCUGUGCUGACCCUCGCUGCCAUUGCUCUGGAUCGGCAUCAGGUUAUCAUGCACCCUCUCAAGCCACGCAUGUCCAUGGUGAAAGGAGGGAUUUGCAUCAUUAUCAUCUGGGUUAUGGCCAGCUGCUUCUCACUGCCUCAUGCCAUUUAUCAGACUUUGACAGGAUUUUAUAUUGGGAACAGAACAACACGAAUGGUUUGCCUCCCCAGCUUCCCUCCUCCUGCUGAUCUUUUCUGGAAGUAUUUGGACUUGACUACUUUUGUUCUCUUGUAUGUCCUGCCCUUGCUUGUGAUCUCCAUCACAUAUGCCAUGGUGGCCAAGAAGCUCUGGCUGAGAAAUGCCAUCGGGGACCUCACCAUGGAGCAAUACUAUGCCCAUCAACGGAAAAAGAAGAUGACGCUGAAGAUGCUGAUGGUGGUGGUGAUUGUGUUUGCCGUAUGCUGGUUCCCCCUGAACUGCUACGUGGUGUUGAUCUCCUGCAGGGCCAUCCACAGUAGCAAUGCUCUGUACUUUGCUUUUCACUGGUUUGCCAUGAGCAGCACUUGCUACAACCCCUUCAUUUACUGUUGGCUGAACGAGAACUUCAGAUCUGAGUUGAAGUCCGUGCUCUGUGUGUGCUGGCGAAGGAGUGCAGCCCAGAGCCAUGCUCUGCAGUCCAUCUCCCCGCCCUUCAGGAACGCCUGGGUUGAGAACUGCCACUAUAAAAGAGGCAGCGCCUGCCAGAAGGCAAGGGCAUCCUCCCAGAGGAACUCUGCAAAGACAGACAUAUCCAGUGUUCAGCCAAUUGUGGCUGAAAGCUAAACCCUGUCUGAUGGCCAGGCAGCAUCAUGGGGAAAACGGAGCUGGAAGGGGCUGCUGGAGACCCUCUAGUCCAACCUUCCACCCAAAGUAAGCUAACUUCUACCUUUGAUUGGGUUGUCCAGGACCUGGUCCAGUCAGGUUUUCAAAAAUUUCCGGCCAUGGGCUGCCCACUUGUAGGCUCCAGAAUGACGGGCGUUGAGUGAAUGUUUCAUUGGAAGAGUCAGCAAAAAUUAAGAGAAUUCUUUAAACAGCACACAAAAUCUUCCACAGCCUAGGCAAAUAAGGGCACCGACACCGAUUAUACACACGCCAACUGAUGCACACUGUUUUAAAGAAAAUGGCUGUUUAUGCAUAUAGAAACACUGUAUUGAUUCCUUCUUUUCAUUUAUUUGUAAUUUGUUCAAGAUGAAUAACAUUUACAGCCAUUCCCGUAUUUAUACCCAGCGCAUCUCAGCUGCUUACUCUGCCGCUAGAGAAGCGCCGCCGCCAUGCCGUCCGCCUCGCUGCCGUGCCGGCGCGUUCCAGGUGGCCGUGCCUGCUGGUGGAGGGGGAAGGGUCUCAAGAAUCACAACGGGAACACAGCUGAGAAGCAGGACAGCGAAAACUCGCUCCAUUUUUAUGGGUGUUGUUCUUUCAGGGGCUUCUUUUGUUCUGCGAGCGUUACUAGUGGUCACCUUGAGACACUGCUUGUACUGCAAUUUGUGGUCAAGAAGGAAAUUAUGCAAGCGAGCUUAUUCUCAAGCACUAACUAGCUGAGGAACCAACCCUUUCUUAAAACAUACACAACCUGUCAUUUUGCUAAGGACUAAAUUGACGCCCACCCACCAAACACCACCAGCCACCCAAGAAAUAGAAAUGGUUCCGGAGGCAUUUUUCAUUUUUGCACAUUCUACCAUGUUUCUCUUUUGAUGUAUCUCUAUUAUCUGCAUAGGAGAUACCAAACUGGAAGUCAAAACAAUUUUAUGGAGCUUGUACCAGUGGAGACACCAGUCUGAGUCUAACAGCGUGGCCGUCAUGCUCACUGGUCCCAGCGAGUUAAGCUGGUUGACUUUGGCGCAGCUUCCCAGGCUGGACGACAGUGGCCCGUUGGGUACAUUCGGAGGAGGCCCUCGGGCCGUGGACUUCAGAGACCAACCUCCCUCCUCACCUUCUGAAUCAGGGGCGUCCGUUGGCAGGCCAGGGUGGGAACUGGGCUGUCAGCAGUUUCUCUAGCACUGGGAGCGUAGGCAAGCAAACUGGGGGUACCGCUCCUUGUGCGAGGGAGGGUGGAUGCCACGCUCGUGUAAGGGCUGUAAGGCCCACAUAAAUAUGCUGCACAAAUACAGCUUUUUACCUAUUCCACAAAAAACUUCACGGUUAAGAAUAAAAAGAACAUGUGAGCACUCAGAGGUGGUGAAGUCUGAAUUGCCUUGCCAGGCUGUAUGUGGAGCCAAGAGGGGUGUUGGCCCGUAGGUACCUGUUCUGCUGAUACACGUAGGGCUUCGUUAUCGUCUCUAGGCUUUCCCUCAGAAGUGUCUCACAUCAUUAUAUUUCCUAAGAAAAGUUAUUAUUGCCGUGUUUUAACAUCGUUAAUUGACGUUUUAGAGAAAAGUUUAAAUUAUUUUCAGUUUCAAUAGUAUCUUAUUUUUUACUAGCCCUCAGGAACUGUGUCCCUCAUGGCUUCGUUGUCAAACUGGCAGCCCUUCCCCGGGUGUCAGCCUGUCUGUCCUGGCAGUAACCCGCCGGGCAGCAGCGAUAGCUGCUUGGCAGCUGCUGAGCGGGGCACCCUGCUUUGCCUGAGGUGGAACCUGCAUUGUAACUCCAGCGCUGGGAACAGAUCUGCAGCUUCUAAAACCCAAAGGCAGGGGGUAGGAAGAGUUGGCACUAGAUAAAGGAGGUCAUUUGUAAACCUUUAUACACUCCCCCGCUCAAUAAAGCUGAGCAUUUGAUAAUGUGCCACAGCAAUUGCCUCAAAUACUAAUCCCUGCAUUCCUGCUGCUCUUGGUGGUGGCCAAGUGCUUUCAGCAGCGUUGAUACUGUUUUGAGCAUGGGCUCUCCAUACCUAACGAAAUAGCUGAGAUGCCUGGGCUCGUGGGCACGGGCCCCGCGGUGCCUGGACAGCCGGUGCAGGCAGCUGCUGCUCUGAUGGAUCACAGUGGGAGCUCAGAGCUGGAUUUGGAUCAGCAGUGACACAUAUCAAGUGGGAGCAUGUGGCCAGCUUCAAACUAAUGGCUCUGAAAAGUCACUAAAGCUGCGUUUUUCUCUUCCUCGGAAAGAAUAGCCGAUCUCCUUAUUUGUGACCGUUCAGUGCUGGUUUGGCCUUGUGAUGGCAAAGGGUUUAGCCUCAAAUCAGCGAAAGGAAGAUUAGUUUCCUCCUUCCUAGGCAAAACAAUACUAAUUACACGUCUACAGCUUGGCAUUUCCACUGAAGACCGGCAGUUUGCUCCAGUUGCCAAUCUGAGUGAGAGACUAUUUAAGUUUGGAAAUCAAGAUGCUUUGAUAGGGUCAAAACUGUUGACGUGUGACCUGAGAAUGUAUUUGCACCUAAAAAGGAAACAGUGAAGCUGAGGAAAGAGAGGUGUAAUGCAAAUCUUGCUUCUUCCUAAGACAGUUGUGGGAAGGGAAAGGACACCAGACAAGGAACAGAGACCUCACGUGGCUUGAGAUACUGCAAAACACGCUGGCAUUUGCAAUGGUAUCGCUUCAAGUGAAUGCUCCCCUCUUAAAGCAGUGGUCAUUCGUCCCUACCACGUCUGCAGGAAUUGCUCUGCAGGAGGAUGCACUUAGGGGAGGAAACUGAAUGAGGGAAAAUCUCCUUGGAGAACAAGCACCCCAGACUCAGAUGUCUUCUCCGAUUCACCUACAAGAAAUGUGUUGAACAGGCUUUCUCCUGUGGGCUUUAUCAUGUGAGCCUUUAUUUUGUUUACACUAAUAAAGAAGGGUAAGUGGAGACCUGAAUGGAACCGGCACAGUGGAGGCAGACAUCCGAGUCUUUCAUUGUAUGUUAGACAUAAAUAACAGCAUAAACCUGAUAUUACUACUAAGUUAGGGUUUUCUACUGUCUGGAAAACUUGGAAUUCAUACCACUGCAAAUGUCAUGUUCAUAAAGUAACUGUCUGGAGGGUUUCUAUAAAGAAAAUUAUUCUUGUUAAAACAAGCAAACCACAAACCCAAAUACAACAUUGUUAAGGUGAGUAAUUUAAUGAAACAUCUUCUCAUUCGAAUGUUCUUCUUUUUACACUGGAAAAAUUCAAUGAAAUUAAAUAAUGCGGUUUGCAUGUAUAUCCCAGUGCAUGCCCAGAGAAGCGCUGGAACUCAUCACUCUGGAACAAAUCAAAGAAACAGAGUCUGUUCUUGCUGCUCAGCUUUUUAACAGGACAGCAAGCUGGGUCCGGCUUCCUUCAGCCGUUGCAUGGAGGGAUGCAAGGUCAAAUCCACCGUCUGCCUGUGCAGCAGCGGUGGGCGGCAGAGACAUCCCUCGCCUGGCAAGGUUUCUCUAGGGGACAGUUUGCUCCCAGAAAGCUGACAUUGGAGUCCUAACACACCCCCUAUGCUAACCCUUACGCAAGCAGUGCUUUCUUCAGUGAGAAUCUGCAGUCUGGCAAUGUUGAGCUGCCUUUAAAAAAUAUUUUUCCCUUGAGGUAAUUGUCAAAAGCUUACAUUUGUGUAAAAGUCUGGUGAACUUCAUCAUCAU